ACCGAAUUAACCGGUGUCUUGGGAUAUGCUUAUCCGAACAACACACGUAGAUUUGCUUCCGAGCUUCUUAUAAACCGCUGGCCUUGUCGCCUCCGCCUCCUUGACGUGUCGACUUUCACAAUACCUAUCUAGGCAGUAAAAGAAAGAUGGCGCCACCUGUAAAGCUCCCGACCCGUAAGCUGGGCAAGAAUGGGCCCGAGGUCACGGCCAUCGGCUUCGGGUUGAUGGGCCUAAGCACGGCGUACGGCUCGGUUGGCUCCGACGAAGACCGGUUCAAGCUGCUGGACCGGGCCUGGGAGCUGGGCUGCACCAACUGGGACUCGGCCGACAUGUACGGCGACAGCGAGGACCUGCUCGGCAAGUGGUUCGCGCGCCACCCGGACCGCCGCGCCGAUAUUUUCCUGGCCACCAAGUUCGGGCUCACGUUGGGGGUCCGUGAAGAUGGGAGCCGCGGUAUACUGAUCGACGGCUCGCCCGAGUACUGCCGGGGGCAGUGCGAGAAGAGUCUGAAGAGAUUGGGGGUGGCGUGCAUCGAUCUGUAUUACAUCCACCGCGUGGACAGCAAGACGCCCAUCGAGAAGACCAUGGCGGAGCUAGUCAAGCUGCAGCAAGAAGGCAAGAUCAAGCACAUCGGCAUAUCCGCCUGCUCCGCCGCCACCCUCCGCCGCGCAUGCGCCAUCGCCCCCAUAGCCGCCUACCAAGUAGAGUACUCACCCUGGGCGCUCGAGAUCGAAGGGCCCGAGAGCGACGACGCGCUGCAGACCUGCCGCGAGCUGGGCAUCUCGGUCUUUGCGUACGCGCCGCUCGGCCGCGGCAUCAUGACCGGCCAGCUCCGGUCGCCCGACGACUUCGAGCCGGCCGACAUCCGCCGGCUGUUGCCGCGCUUCAACAGCGAGAACUUCGCGAAGAAUUUGCUGCUCGUCGAUCGAUUUAAGGAGAUGGCUGCGCGCAAGGGGUGCACGCCGGGGCAGCUGACUAUUGCCUGGCUGAUGGCGCAGGGGGGUGAUGUGAUUCCGAUUCCGGGGACGAAGAAUGUUAGGUAUUUGGAGGAGAAUGUGGGCGCAGCGCAUGUUGAUGUGAGCGCGGAGGAAGAGAGGGAGGUAAGGGAGUGGCUUGAGGAGGUGGGCAUCGCCGGUAUCCGGGUGCCGCCGGGGUUGCUGGAUGAGUUUAACGAUACGCCCCCGCUAUAGGGUGUUGAUCGGGGCGUGUAUUAACUGGGACGGUCGUCGGCUUGAAAGAGAUUUGGGAAGUGACAAUUACUUUGAUGCUAAACUAACACCGGACUCUCUUCGUCUCUUGUUCCAGACCUGAAUCCGCCGAUCUCUUCGGUAUAACAAACGCUGUAUAAAAAUCGAUCACCAUCACGCCUCCAACUUCCUCGUUCCAGACAUGGUUGGCCGGCCGAAUGUCAUCGUGGUGCAACCCAGCUCCUUCCAACGUUGACACAGCCUUGUGCACCGCCGUAUACACGUCCACCCCCUCUGGCUUGCGC